AUGGAGAAAUACGGCGCCAGAGCAGAAGACUUCGCUGAGAUCGCCCGCAUCAGCCACGAACACUCGCAACGAAACCCCUACGCCCAGUUCCGCCAAGAGUACACCCUCCAGGAAAUCCUCAAAUCACCCAUGAUACACGCACCUCUCACUAAACUGCAAUGCUCGCCCACUAGUGACGGAGCAGGCGCCGCUGUCAUCGUGUCUGAAAGCUUUCUUGCUUCUCGGCCACAACUCCGUAGCCAGGCGGUCUUGAUCGCAGGACAAGCACUAAUGACGGACUCUCCAGCUUUGUACUCGAAGAGUGCUAUGGACCUCGUGGGCUACGACAUGACCAAGCGAGCCGUCAAUCAAGCCUACAAAGAAGCCGGCGUAGGACCAAAGGACGUCUCAGUCUGUGAGCUUCACGACUGCUUCUCCGCCAACGAGCUCGUCUUACUCGAAGGUCUGGGCUUCAGCGAGCCAGGCAAAGCACACGAAAUGGUUCGAAGAGGCGACAUCACCUACGGCGGUAAGGGUCCCAUCAUCAACCCAAGCGGCGGGUUGAUCUCCAAAGGCCAUCCCCUGGGUGCGACAGGAUUAGCACAAUGCGCCGAACUCUGCUGGCAACUUCGCGGCUGGGCGAACAAUCGUCUCGUCGAUGCGAAGGUGGCCUUGCAGCACAACCUCGGUCUUGGCGGAGCAGUGGUGGUGAACGUCUACAAACGCGCUGAUGGGCAGGCGAACACGAAAUUGUCGGAUGCCGAGAUCGUGAAGCAGAGUGCUUUCGAAUACAAUCCUGCUGCUGAGGCACGACAUCCUAGCAAAGCAGAUGCUGAGAAGGUGCGGAGUAAGCUGUACAAGAAUGAUUAUGCGUUGGGUGAUACGCAGGAGAAGAUACAGGCGAGGUUGUAG